CACACACUGCAGAGCUUCUUGUUGUGUAGACAUUUAGCCUACAGGCUUGAUCACCUGGCUCCAGUGUCUUGUCAAAUACCCUCUGUCGUUGGCUACUGUACCGCUUCAUGACUGUUCUUCUGACUGUGUCUCUGUCGUUGGCUACUGUACCGCUCCAUGACUAUUCUUCUGACUGUGUCUCUCUCGUUGGCUACUGUACCUCUUCAUGAUUGUUCUUCUGACUGUGUCUCUGUCGUUGGCUACUGUACUGCUUCAUGACUAUUCUUCUGACUGUGUCUCUCUCGUUGGCUACUGUACCUCUUCAUGACUGUUCUUCUGACUGUCUCUGUUGUAAGCAGCCGUUUUGAGAGGCUGGAGCCCAAACAAGGACAUGGAGAGUUACGAGGACUUCUGUCUGCGGAGCCUGGCCAGACUGCAGACGGAGAGCCAGGGGAAGAGCCAAGGCCAACAGACAGGUUGUGAGCCAACUGGUCCUGUGGAAGCUCUCUCCUUCAUCCACUUCCAUGGAAGGGCUGUGCUCUCCCCCUUGCUGAGUGUGGAGCAGCGCAGCGAGAUGUCCCAGUACAGACAGAGGGCUGCCCAGCUGGAGGUGGACAGACAGGCACUACGCAGCAGCAGCCUGCUGGCCAGGGUUCAGGACAUCCUGGACAGUGCUCAGGUGGACAAAGUACCAGAGAUGGAGGGUAAAAUGGAUCUACCAACUCUGCCAUAUUGCCUUUCCCCAAAACCUGAGACAGUGAUUGGCUACACCCUGGUGACAGACUCCCCUGGGCUACCCAGGGGCGGUGGUGUGGUUGGGCUACACAUUACGGAUCGGCCCACCACCCCUCCACCUGAGUCCCCCAUAGUCCUGAAUGGGUACAGGGAAGAGGAGAGAGAGAAGCAGGUAGAGGAGGAGAGGUGGGAGGUAGAGGAGGAGAUGAGGAGGGGAGAGGAGGAGAUAGGGGGCGGUCAGGAUGUGAGUUUCCAGAGCCUUCUGAGGAGGUCGAGGGAGUAUGUGGAGAGAGAGCAGGCCCAGAGGGGGUCAAAGGUCAUCGGCAGGGUCACUUCCACCACCCCGUCUGCGGAGAGCCUCUCUGACAAGGAGAACGAGAGCCGCAGUCCUCUGGGAGAGAUGAAACCUGAACAGGGGUACAGCCUGCGCCACAGUCCGCUAAAUCCACCUCAGACCCAGGCCCACAUCCAGCACCAGAGUCAGUAUCCUGCCCAAGCGCAAGCCCAGUACCAGGCUGUGUGUGACCCGUAUGACUCUCGGGUUAGCUGCCUCUCAUCUGGCCUCCCCGACCCUUACACCCUCCUGCCCAGCCCUGAACCCAGCAUGAGUCCCCGCCCCCACCACCGCCGACCACGUCCAGUGUCCACUGGUAACAUCCUGAUCUCCUUCCCCAUUGGCUCGGCCGACCUCAUCCCCAGAGGGCUAGUGGGGAGGCACCAGGAGAGCACUGUUGUCAUGGCGACAGGGGUGAUGAGGUCACCGGAACGGGGGUCAGGCGUCAGUGACGGUAGUAGUUGUCGUGGCAGCCAGUGUGGCACCAGCCCGGUCCAGGAGAAGAGCUGCAGCCCAGUCAGUACCUCCGGAACUGGUUCAGAUGGGCAUCAUGACAUCAUCAGCUCCGGGUUUCGCCGGCGCUGCCACACCCUAGACAGCCAGCUCCACUCCUCCCAUUCUGCCUCAGGACCUGGCAUGGACCACAGCCAGGAGAGGCUCCCGCGCUUCAUGGGGGGAGUGCCUCGUUUGGCCCCAAGCCGUAGGAGCCCCGCGGUCCCCCUGAAUCAGUCCUAUGAGGUGGAGAACCCCUCGGCAAUGCUGCUAAGGCCCCACGUGAGACCCUUGACCCCUGACCUCUCUCCUUGCCAGAUGAGGCUGGAUCCUGAGGGGCCUCAGGGGCCCCAUGAUGGACGGAUCACACCCAGCUCUUCCCUAGAGGAGCAGGACAGUAAGACAGAGGAGACCCAGCGACGUGUGAGUGCUCUGGAGGAGAUGCAGAGGCGUCUGGAGGAGGAGCAUGCCCUGCAGAUGUCUCUUCUCAUGGCUGAACAGAAGAGAGAACAACAGCGCCUUUGUCAGGAGCUGGAUGAGAAGGGGAAGAGGCUGAGAGAGCAGGGGUGUGGCCGGCUCCUGAAUGGGGAUGGUGGACUCAGCCCUUCCUGUCCUGGCCUUAGCCCCACCCUGAGUGCUACUGAUAGGUCACCUAGACACAGUGUACACAGCAUGGGUUUCUCCUCUCCACUGAGCUCUAGUGCUCCCUCUCCCUCCAUGCAGCCUCCUGUCUACCUGUGGGGGCCCACCUGGGGGGCCAGCAAGCCCCGAGGAAGGCUCAGUCAGGUUGUGACAGUUGAACAGCAGAGGGCGCUGUGUCGUCUGGGAGCCAUCAGUUGUGGGUUCCUCACCCGCAGACUGCUCCAGACAGAGAAGGUGAAACAGCUGCGACAGACCAUUCAGGACACACAAGAGUUCAUCUGCUCGUUCCAGACUGAAGCUCCACAGAAGAGAGGAUCCAUCUCAGCACAGGACCUGUCUCUGCAGGAGAGAGUCAGGGCACAGUUGCGUGCGGCUCGAUAUGACAUCCAUGACAUCUUCUUUGAGAUGCCCCUGGAGGAGAGGCUGGCUCUGCUGCAGCUGGACAGAGAGGUCCGCACAGAGAAGAAGCUACGAGAAAUGGAGAAAGCCAGGAGUCCUAAUGACAGAGUGCUGUCUGCUGCCACACAGAGGUCACUGGACAGGAAGAAGAGGGUGGGUGAGUCUCCAGGACAAGCCAGGAAAGUACAGAAGAAGCCAAAGAGCCCUCCCACUAACAGGAUCCUGAAGACAAGUCAGGGUCAGAAUGCCUCUGUCCCAGGUCAGCUAAACCGACAGGGUCUGUCUGUCAGGAGCUGGUACAGAAAUACCCCGGAGGACAGAGUGAGGCGCUCAGACAGCCUGAAGAAGCAUAACUCCCUGGGCUAACUGAUUCCUCCCUCAGUCCCUCUAUGACCCCUCACUCCCUGACCCUUGACCUCUGAGCCUUCUAUCGGCCCCAUGUUCCACUAUGGUUCGACCACCACCAAUGCUACUAGUCUCUCUAACCUCCCUCUGACCUCCCUCUAACCUCCCUCUGCCCUCCCUCUAACCUCCCUCUGAAGGUUCAGUCCAGUGCUCUCUGCCCAGCGAACACCCUACCAAAUGUAUUGUUACUAUAGUUACAUAGAUUUUCUACUAUUACAAACUUAUAAACAGUUCAUGUAUCCCUUGGGUGUGAAUGCUGCUGUGCACUCUUGUGCCAAGAUAAUUCAUGCAUUAAUGCUGCUAGAUAGGUAUAUUUGCUGCUUAACUUGCAAAGACUUUGUAGCUAGAGGCCUUCAGUAGUGGAUAUGUAGUAGGGAGAAGGACUCAUAAAGAAGCAUUACAAAAGUAAAGGAAGUCGAUUCCAUUAGUUAGAGGCCUUCUGUAGUGGAUAUGUAGUAGGGAGAAGGACUCAUAAAGAAGUAUUACAAAAGUAAAGGAAGUCGAUUCCAUUAGUUAGAGGCCUUCUGUAGUGGAUAUGUAGUAGGGAGAAGGACUCAUAAAGAAGCAUUAGUUAGAGGCCUUCUGUAGUGGAUAUGUAGUAGGGAGAAGGACUCAUAAAGAAGCAUUAGUUAGAGGCCUUCUGUAGUGGAUAUGUAGUAGGGAGAAGGACUCAUAAAGAAGCAUUAGUUAGAGGCCUUCUGUAGUGGAUAUGUAGUAGGGAGAAGGACUCAUAAAGAAGCAUUACAAAAGUAAAGGAAGUAGAUUCCAUUAGUUAGAGGCCUUCUGUAGUGGAUAUGUAGUAGGGAGAAGGACUCAUAAAGAAGUAUUACAAAAGUAAAGGAAGUAGAUUCCAUUAGUUAGAGGCCUUCAGUAGUGGAUAUGUAGUAGGGAGAAGGACUCAUAAAGAAGCAUUACAAAAGUAAAGGAAGUAGAUUCCAUUAGUUAGAGGCCUUCAGUAGCGGAUAUGUAGUAGGGAGAAGGACUCAUAAAGAAGCAUUACAAAAGUAAAGGAAGUAGAUUCCAUUAGUUAGAGGCCUUCAGUAGUGGAUAUGUAGUAGGGAGAAGGACUCAUAAAGAAGCAUUACAAAAGUAAAGGAAGUAGAUUCCAUUAGUUAGAGGCCUUCAGUAGUGGAUAUGUAGUAGGGAGAAGGACUCAUAAAGAAGCAUUACAAAAGUAAAGGAAGUAGAUUCCAUUAGUUAGAGGUCUGGAUUGUCUUCUGACAGGUGGCGGCAUUCCUCCUCUCAUUUUUUUAUGUAAAAAAAAUGUCAUCUUUAUUUAACCAGGCAAGUUAGAACAAAUCCUUAUUUACAACGACGGCCUACCCCGGCCAAACCCGGACGACGCUGGCCAAGUUAGAACAAAUCCUUAUUUACAACGACGGCCUACCCCGGCCAAACCAGGACGAAGCUGGCCAAGUUAGAACAAAUCCUUAUUUACAACGACGGCCUACCCCGGCCAAACCCGGACGACGCUGGCCAAGUUAGAACAAAUCCUUAUUUACAACGACGGCCUACCCCGGCCAAACCCGGACGACGCUGGCCAAGUUAGAACAAAUCCUUAUUUACAACGACGGCCUACCACGGCCAAACCCGGACGAGGCUGGGGCAAUUGUGAGCCGCCCUUUGGGACUCCCAAUCACGGCCGGUUGUAAUAACCUCAACAUAGUCGUCAACAUAGCCGUGGCGUUAUCUGACGUAAGACAAUGAGAGGUUUGUGAACUGUUAAACACACUGGCGGCCUUUCCAGACACAGAAACACCUCAGAAAUAGAGAUCAUUGUGUGAUUACCUAGCUUUAACCCUUGCUAUAGUAGCCAUCUCCCUCUGCUGGUAGUCACAGAUAGUUGCCAUGUAAAAAAAGGUAUUUUAAACAGAGAGUAUUUAUUUCAUAUAUCGUUUUUGUUAAAGGGCCCUGUCCCUAUAAUACAUGGUGCUGAACUCUCAGCUCUGUGUGAAGUCUGGAACAUUUCAAAUUGGUUUGUGUGUGAUGUGUGCAAUUUGAAAAUAUCAAUGUGUUUUGCUGCAAAACGUCACAGCCAAAUGAAAGAAAAUGUACAGUUGAAUGUACUAUUGUCUUAUUUUACACUGUACCAAGAGAAACAUGCUUUGGUUCUAGAUGGUUUGUUUAUCCGGCAUGUUUGAGCUGUAGCUGAGAGACAAACCUAUGUCUCUGGAGAGUAUUUAGAAUAUCCCAUACAGAAAUGGAGCUGCGUUUCACAAACAAACAUGACUGAGAUACCUGGAAUAUCUGAAAUCUGACAGUGUCUAUGAGAGGAUUUACAGAGAAAACAUUGAAAAUGAAGACCAAUGUAACUCACCAGUGUGCAGUAACUAUAACAUCCUUUUCUCAAAGCAGUCUUCUUGUAGCCUGGCUGAUGCACAGUCCCACGUGGUACAAAGUGAGAGGAGAGCUUGUGGUACUUACAAGAGCAUUAGCCAGGGAAGUCUUCUUUCCCCACCUAGGGGCUGAUGUAUCCCACCUAGGGGCUGAUGUAUCCGACCAAGGGGUUGAUGUACCCCACCUAGGGGUUGAUGUACCCCACCUAGGGGCUGAUGUAUCCCACCUAGGGGCUGAUGUAUCCCACCUAGGGGCUGAUGUAUCCCACCUAGAGGCUGAUGUACCCCACCUAGGGGCUGCUGAUGUAUCCCACCUAGAGGCUGAUGUAUCCCUCCUAGGGGCUGAUGUACCCCACCUAGGGGCUGAUGUACCCCACCUAGGGGCUGCUGAUGUAUCCCACCUAGGGGCUGAUGUACCCUACCUAGGGGCUGCUGAUGUAUCCCACCUAGGGGCUGAUGUACCCCACCUAGGGGCUGAUGUACCCCACCUAGGGGCUGAUGUAUCCCACCUAGGGGCGGAUGUAUCUGACCUAGGGGCUGAUGUACCCCACCUAGGGGCUGAUGUAUCCGACCUAGGGGCUGAUGUACCCCACCUAGGGGCUGAUGUACCCCACCUAGGGGCUGAUGUAUCCCACCUAGGGGCUGAUGUACCCCACCUAGGGGCUGAUGCACCCCUCCUAGGAGCUGAUGUACCCCACCUAGGGGCUGAUGUACCCCUCCUAGGAGCUGAUGUACCCCACCUAGGGGCUGAUGUACCCCACCUAGGGGCUGAUGUAUCACACCUAGGGGCUGAUGUACCCCACCUAGGGGCUGAUGUAUCCCACCUAGGGGCUGAUGUACCCCACCUAGAGGCUGAUGUAUCCCACCUAGGGGCUGAUGUAUCCCACCUAGGGGCUGAUGUAUCCCACCUAGGGGCUGAUGUAUCCCACCUAGAGGCUGAUGUAUCCCACCUAGGGGCUGAUGUACCCCACCUAGGGGCUGAUGUAUCCCACCUAGAGGCUGAUGUAUCCCACCUAGGAGCUGAUGUACCCCACCUAGGGGCUGAUGUAUCCCACCUAGGGGCUGAUGUACCCCACCUAGGGGCUGAUGUACCCCACCUAGGGGCUGAUGCACCCCACCUAGGGGCUGAUGUAUCUGACCUAGGGCAAUCCUGGGUGGGAUACAGCAUACACUAAGGUGUCAUUAUGUGAAAGAGUUGGAUACUGACCCUGAGUCAGUUGCUAGGGGGAUUUGUAUAUUAAUAACUGGCGUAACUAUGUAUCUGCUAAAGCAGCACUACACCACCAUACAUGGCCUUUUGUAGCAUUGACAGAUUUCUGGUGUUGUUUUUGACUGGCUUUGAUUAAUUUAAUUAGCAAUUUGUGUAUUGAAUACAAAACAUUUUGUAAUUUUGUCCUGUUUACAGCCUGUGCUUGAUGUAUUUAUUUCCAAAUUACCAAUGAUAUUACCAAUGAUACUCUUCCUAAUCGCACCAACUGUUGUCACCUUCUCACCAAGCUGCUUGGCGAUGGUCUUGUAGCCCAUUCCAGCCUUGUGUAGGUCUACAAUCUUGUCCCGGACAUCCUUGGAGAGCUCUCUGGUCUUGGCCAUGGUGGAGAGUUUGGAAUCUGAUUGAUUGAUUGCUUCUGUGGACAGGUGUCUUUUAUACAGGUAACAAAAUGAGAUUAUGAGCACUCCAAAUCUCAGCUUGUUACCUGUGUAAAAGACACCUGGGAGCCAGAAAUCUUUCUGAUUGAGAGGGGUCAAAUACUUAUUUCCCUCAUUAAAAUGCAAAUCAAUUUUUUGACCUGCGUUUUUCUGGAUGUUGUUGUUGUUAUUGUGUCUCUCACUGUUCAAAUAAACCUCCAUUAAAAUUAUAGACGGAUCAUUUCUUUGUCAGUGGGCAAACGUACAAAAUCAGCAGGGAUCAAAUACUUUCCCCCCUUGCUGUAUAUACCACAAUGGUCUCUUCCCUUUACCUGGGACGAGCAAGCUGUCAGGGGUCUUGAGUGACUGGCUCAUGGAUUCUUGUAGUUCACACUCCAGCUCCUCCACAAUGUGUUUCUGAUUUAGGACAGAAAGGUUUUAGGUAACACAUUAUUUUAUGGAAACAACAUUAGAUCCAUUCAAUAGAGCAGACGAAAGGUCAAAAGCUUAUGAGGUAACGUAAUGUAAUCAUGUUUGAAUGUAUCAAUUGUAUUUUUUAUAAUAUCU